AGAGAGAGAGAGAAAAAGAGAGGGGGAAAAAACGGCUCAGCAAAGCAACAAGAAGGAAGAGCAAUGGCGACACUGGAUCGCCAAAUACCAAGUCCGGAUACUUUUUUGUGCGAACCUUGGUCUUCCUUCGUCAGUGCGACUAAAUUACGUUUUGUUGAUAACGCAGUCUCGUCUUCGGAUAAGGACGACACCGACUCUUGCUGCCCCGCCGAAGCCGCGAAACUAGGCAGAAACGAGAUGCUUGUCUGCACCCAUUUCCCUGCUUUGGAGGAUUUUUGUCUUGUUGUCUGCCAUGUCUGCAGUAAGGUGGUGACUCCUCAGGGCAUCCUCACACAUUACGAGAAGCGACACAGCUCCCCAGUUCCCUCCAGGAGCCCUCUGCUUCCCAUGAAGCCCAAAGCGCCUGCGGUGGCCCCCGCUGUGGCCCCCACGCCGGAGGACUCUCUGGCUUUCAGGGUCCCCAAAGACUACCCUCACUCUCGCUUCAGCAAGGCGCCGCUUGCCGUCUACCCACCGAAAGGAGCAAGGAACAAGACAUGUGUGUCGUUACCGGUCGUGAGCUUGGAGAAGAUGCCCUGUCUGAACCGAGCAGACUCGAUGUCGCACGUUCGCCUCAACUCCUCGUCCUCCUCUUCUUCGUCCUCAUCCACGCUCUCGCCGCUCAAAUCUUCCUCCUUCGCCCCGCCGGCCUCCCAGCGCUCUGGCGAAAAGCUCACCAACGGCCGUGGUAGCGGCGGCGGCUCCGUCACGCCUCCGUCCUCCCUGGACAGGCGGCCGAGCCCGGCCCGAUCGCCCCUGGACAGACGGGCGCCGUCGACGGCGUCUCCCUCCCCGAUGGACAAGAAGCCCUCGCUCUCGCCCUCCCACAGGUCGGCUCUCCCGCCGUUGCCGUCGCUUUCGCCUUUGGAGAAGAAGCAACAGAACGGAACUAAGACCCCCGCUAGGCCGCACAAGAGAGCCUCAGGGAGAGUAUUUGAUCCUGACAAGCAUUGCGGCGUGCCCGACCCCGAGACGAAACGCUCCUGCACGCGCUCGCUCACCUGCAAGACUCACUCCCUAACCCAGCGCCGCGCGGUCCCCGGCCGGAGCCGGCUGUUUGACGUGCUGCUGGCCGAGCACAAGGGCCUGGCGAAGGAGAGGGAGGCUCUGAAGGAGAAGGAGAAGGAAGUGGCGCAGAGAGGGAAGGAAGCGUGCGCCCAGAGCGUCGCGCCCCAAGACACGGCGAGUCCCAGCAAGCCCCACUGCCCCGGCGAACGACCUCUGUCCUCGCUGAAGCAGCGGCUUGCAAACGCACACAUACUGAGAGUUCCAGGCGGCGCCUCCAGUCCUCUGCCUCCAGCGGCACCUCCUGCCGUGACGCCCGUCCCGGAACCGUCUCCCGGCGGCUGGGCGAAUGCAGCAGGGGACAGCGGCCGGCUUUCCAGCGAUGAGGGAGACGCAGAGACCCCGGAUGACGCCGACAGGCCUUCCCUGCACUACUCCAGUCAUCAUCCACGGCCUUCAGGGUUUUGCGUCUUCAGCAGCCGGCUCGUGGGUCCGGGCUACUACGUGUUUGACAGGCGGUGGGACAGGAUGAGGCUGGCGCUGCAGAGCAUGGUGGAGAAGCACCUCAACGCGCAGAUGUGGAGGAAGGUGCCUCUGGCUGCCGAGAGCCUCCCCUCCAACUCCAUGUCCGUCGCCGCCUCGGUUACCGCGCACCAGGCUCCUCCCCCUACCGUCCUGUCCUCCUCCUCUAACAGCCUCACCUGCACCGCCACAUUGCCACAGCCGGCGUCGGCAGCCGGACUGUUCGGCGUCCGAGACUCUCCGGGAAAAGCCCGGAACGGCUCGCACAAAGCCGGCCGCUCACCCAAAGACCCGGACGUCCCGGCGGCGGGGUCGAAAAAGAGAAAGAGCUCUUCGCACCCUCCAUCGUCGUUCUCGCCGUCGCCAUUUCAGACCGUGGACGUCCACAGACAGAACGGCGGCAGCUCUCAUCAGACGUUCCAAGGCUUCGGGGUGGCCAGGGCUUCCCCGGCCAAAACCAAGGGACCUCGAGUGGGAAGCGGGCUUCUGAGCAGCUCAGACGACUGGCUGUCCAGAGCAGAGCGAAGCCACAACACACACAACUGUCGUGAACUUGACACCAGCAGUCUAACCUACACGACCAGGGAACCGUCCACGGGCCCCCACCUGUCCAUGCCUCCGCCUACAGGACCCUUAGCUUACGGCGGAGGAGCAGAGGGGAGGAAGAGGAGGAGUCCCGGCUCCUACAAAGGGAAAUCCAGCAAAGCGAGCCGACCGGGCGGACUGGAGAGCCUCUUUGGGAAGGGAAACGACGGCGCAGGGAUCUUGGCGUUGGGGCCCGAGUCGCCCAGACAGACCAAGUUGAAUCACUGACAGAAAGCCGUUGUGCGGACAGAACAUCGGGCAGCUCUUCAGGCCACCACCAUUUGUGACCUUUGACUUCACCACUCUUCCAGCGACGGCUUCGGUGUGACACGGUGGAGGGGGGGAGGGAAGGAGGGGGGCGUCCUGUCGGGAAUCUCCCAUGCCUCUCUCUUUGAUUGUGGUUUUUACAGAACAAGUUGACAAAACAACAACAGCAAAAAAUAACUAUUUUUUUGUAAAGGGAAUUUGCCGACGACUCCGGCGCUGCAGAAGUUUCUGGAGAACGGCGGGUUUUGUUUCCAGUCUGCUGGGCAAAGAAAGACAUCUGUGAUUGUUUUUUCCAGGACCAGCCAACACAACUACUGUGGGACUUUAUCUAUGCCACUUUGUUGCUCCCACUGGCCUUUUCUCUCAUCCUGACUCUGUCUGUCUUUUAGUCUGAGAAGGAGAGCGAACGGCAGCGAGGUUGGCUGGGUUUUAGCCAGUUUUCUCCCCUUGUCUUUGUCUCCCUGCGUACCCAGUGGCUUUGUCCGUUUCCCUCCGUUUCUGUCCCAGCAUGCCUGUGUUCCAAGUGCACUUACUGUCCUGAGUUCCUCGGCUGACCCCACCCCCCGACCCGCCUUCUGCGUCGGUGCCACGCGGAAGUCCUGCUCGCGCAAAACGGAGGGAAGGAAGUGUUCGUGUUACCAAUGAUGCCACGUCGGUGCGUUGUAUUUCAAUACCGGAUAAAAUUUGACUUUUUUCACCCCGUUUUUUUUUCUUUUUCUUCUUCUUCUUCUUUGUUCUGAUUUUGAUGGACUGGCAUCCAAAGUGGAAUUAUUACAAUGGUGUUGGAUUGCUUUGGUUUUUUUUUUGUUGUUGUUUUUUUGUAUAAUAAUUUAUCAUUCUUAAAUAAUGUUUGGUAUCGAAGUGACCAUUAAGGUUUGAGCUACAGAGACUUUUUUUUUUUUUUAGUAUAAUAAAAAAAAAUCUAGAGAGAAUUUAUAUGGCAUUUUUGAAGAAAUGUUGAAAGUAUUAUAGUUCAUAUUUGUACAUAUCUGUUAUUAUUUUUGUAUUUAUUAAUAAUUCUUCCCUUUUACUAAAUGAGGCCAAGAGAUAUGUUUCCCUUCUUGUUUUGGUUUUUGCCUAACAGUAAUAAAGAGCUUGGCAUCAACUUGCUACUGAAACUUUUCUUUUCGGUAGCAAGUUGAUGCCAAUAAAUGAUGCGCACAAAGCCAGGCGUACACGUUUGGCAACUGCUGCUUUUUCUGUUUUAUUUUCAUCUAGUUGCUUUGCAAGUUGACAACGAUAAGUGUUCGGUUUAAGGAAAGGUUAAGUGUUCACCUCUGUAAGCAUGCUCCUCACCCUCCAUACUUAUUAGCACCCUCGUUAAGGCCUUAGAGCAAAUUGAUAGUCGGCAGAUUUUUGCAUAAACCUCGCACUGGAAAAUGGAGACGAGAAUUCAAUCAGAAGGGGGGGGGGAAAGACUUUUGAUCAUUUUAAAGUUUAGGUCGAAAGUUUAAUUUAGUGGUUCACGACUCUGUUUCUUUGGCUAGAAAUACGACGCUACUUGUUACCAAGUUUCCAUGGCUGCCAAUAAUAUACAAGCUAGCUGUUCAGGGGGCAGAACAGGGCAAAACAUUUUCUGUCCUACCACUUCAAACAUAAAUAAGUGAAAUCUGGCAUUAAACAAAGGUUGGCUGUAAGAAAAAGCCCCCUCCGGCCUCCAGUCCGUACGGUAGAGGGUUUAUCAUGCUGUGGGCCUAUUCCCAUUCCAGGUGAAGAGGAUUUUGGGAACCUCUCCAACCUUGUGAAGUGUUACAAAAGAAAACACUAAAAGCCUGUCCUACUUUUUUUAUUUUUGUCAAUAAUGUAGGAUUAGAUCCCCACUGAAUAGUCUUAAAUCAAAAAGUGAAUUUUUCCAGAUUUAUUCACUGUGAGAAUCUGCUAUUCCACAGGAAUCUCCAUUUACUUUAAUAAUGUUUCCACGCUGCCAGAAGUGCCAAUGAGUGUGAUGGGUGUUUGUUAAUGAUGCUGAGUUUCAGGUAUUGUUUAUGAUCAUGCAAACAACACAAUAAGCAUCAGCAGUACUGCUUACUGUAGAUUUCUCAGCAUAGUCCGGUCCAACAUUCACUCUUGUACACUUCAGAUCCUUCACUAAGUUCCUAAUCAGGAGCUUUUCCACAUAUAAUCUUUCCCAAAGUCCAAUCUUUUUCAAAGGUAAUGCACCAUUUCAUCUGUUGAGCUAAUAGGUACUCAGUAUUUUUAAUUUCUUUUUGUGAAGCCUUAUUUAUUUUCAUACCAACAGGCCCACCCACUACUUAUUCCCCCUUCCAAAGUUAUAAAGUGCUUUUUUUUUUAUCUUUCUUUAUCUUCCGGUCUUGUCUCAGUGCGAUUAUGUGGGUUGUGAUACGUCAAGUCAAAACUGGGUCAAAAAUGCUCUCGCUUACUUUCGGCGAGGUACAGUUGUGGGUUUUUUUUUGUUGUUGUUGGUUUUUUUUUACUGCGGCAGCUGAUCGGGCCGCUGCUCUGGAACUGCAGCAGUAGCCAUUCCUGUGAGUCGCUUUCCUUUUUAAGUGUGCAUCACAUCCGUGUCAUCUGGUGGCAGAUCUCAGCAGCCAAAGAAAACAUCGAAGCGUUGAGUUUUAAAUGAGUUCUGUCGGAUCUUUAGCGGCAUCUUUUGUAAAUGUGGCGAGAAAACUUGUUUGGUAAAAGUUAGAACACUGAAAUUGAGCAAAAUGGGGUUUUUUUAGUGCACCGAUCACGCAUGUGGACUCCCUGAUAAUAGAAAAGUAACUGAAAACCCUUAGUUGAACCCUACAGCAGCGUAGCAGUCCUCUAACCUGCUUCUGUGACGACUCAACUUUGUGCUUAAGCACUAAUAACGAACAAAUUGUACAUUAUCGGUUGUUUCUAAUUCAUGUUUCUGUUCCCAAGUACUUAAAAAGGGCUUCCUGCCAUGACACUUUUGUCGAUCGGUGUGUGAGGCUUGCCUGCAGCACCCUCCGCAGUUGUUGGUACCUUUCGUAAAAAUGUGUGAAAAGCCAUAAAAUUCCUUAAAUUUUUCUUGCAGUAUGCAAGAAACAUUUCUGGCACUGAGAACGCAGAGAGUCCCUUUGGAGAAGAUAUAUGGGCCCCACAGCAUGACAGAUUCUCCAUCAUGCUUAACAAUUAGUGAGAGGUGCUUUUUUCUUUUUUUUUUAUAAACACACAUCCAUUACUUUUGUAUUGUGGAGAUUUUGUUUCUGAAACGUAUUGCAAUUCCAGAUUACCUCUUUCAUUAGGACGUAUGUACACUGUGCCCAUUUCCUUUGGAUGCACUGUGAAAUGGAGAAAAAACAAAGAGAACUUGCCAGAUGAAGUCAGGUAGAUAUCCACAAUUUGAAAUAUUUCUGCAAACUUCCUCCCCUAAAAUACAGUAGGGCAUGUGUGGGCCUGGUUUUCUUUGUUUUGUUUUGUUUUUGUUUUUUUAAUAUCAUGAAGGUGUAAAUCAAAUUCUGUUGGCUUCAACCUGAAUCUGACCUUUUUUUUUUUUUUUUCUUCUUUUCUCAGAAAGAUAGCGAUUUAAAACUCAUUGCCAAAUCAGCACAAAUAGCUGUCAUCAGAAAAGGGUUUUGCGUUCACCUUAACUUGUGGUGCCAAUAAUUUUAGAGCGUGCUGAAAGUGCUUGGACCAGUUGAGUAAACCAAUUCAGUCUUGUGCUCGUUUCUGUUUAAGAUGCUCACGGUUUCUUUGGGUAUAGCUCAAGUCUCCCAUUCCUACGAGAACAAAGGCUAAUUUGCAUUUUAAGAGCUUAUUUGUUGUAGCUAAAUAGGCUUUUUUUUCUUUUGAAAUCCCAGAAAUGGUAAGCUACCGUUUUCUUGCAGCUAAAACUGAGUAAAAAGCUUGUACCCAGUGUAAAAUUUUGUCAAAUUCUUUUUUGCUCUUUCUCAAAUUGACUAACAUUAAAAGUGGAUCUGAAAGUGUUUCUAGGAUUUACAGCAAAAAAAAAAAAUUAUGUUUAUCUUUUAUCCGUCGCCCAAAAUGCCCCAAAAACCAGCACACUGUUGUAUUCCGAUCCACCUGUGGUGAAUGUUGAAUGUCCAGGGGAAAAAUGCCUUGUAAGAUUUUGUUGGUUUAUGAAAUCUUGGUGCAGGUUGUUUUUUUUUUUUGUUUUGUUUUGUUUUUGACAAACCAAUGUAAGAAAUACUGUAAAAAUGUCUUAUAUUCAAGCUUUUAUUAAAAGAUUGAAAGAG